UUUAACCAGUAUAGUUACUACAGCACUACCAGUACCUGUCUAUCUCUACCCGGGAAAAAGGUAAACGGCCCGGGCCCACAAGGCGCUACGCGUAACCGGCUAACCGCUCUUCCCCGCGGUGACCCAACCGGCCGGCCAACCUCCUCCCCUCCCCUGCAGCUCGCCGUUCACCGUCGCCGUCCUCCUCCCCCACCCGCCUACAUAAAACCCAACCGCUCCCCAACCCACUCCACAUUUCCUCCUCCUCCUCCUCCUCCUCCUCUUCUGGUACAUCAUCGUACACACAACCGCCGCCGCCCCUCACCCCUCGUCGCGGAAGGACGGAAUGGCGUCGUCGACGGCCUCGCUGGGCCCCGCGGCAGCGCUGCUGCUGGAGCGGCUGGGCCUGCGCGUGGCGCCCACCGACGCCGCCGACGACCAGGCCCCGCCGAUGCCCGCGCUGCCGCUCCCGGGCCUCCUCCCGCUGCGCUGCGCCGUGCAGCACUACGAGUGGGGCCGACGCGGCGCCGACUCCCUCGUCGCCCGCCUCGCCGGCGAGGCCUCGGCGUCCGACGGAGGCGGAGACGGAAGGCCAUGCGCCGAGCUCUGGAUGGGCACGCACCCCGCCGCGCCUUCCUCCCUCGCGCCCGACGUCUCGCUCCGCGACUGGGUCGCCCGUAACCCCGCCGCGCUCGGCCGCGCCGUCGCCGCGCGGUGGGGCGGCGACCUCCCGUUCCUCUUCAAGGUGCUGUCGGUGGCGAAGGCGCUGUCGAUCCAGGCGCACCCGGACCGGGACCUCGCCGCGGCGCUGCACGCGCUGCGCCCGGCCACGUACCGCGACGCCAACCACAAGCCCGAGAUGGCCGUCGCCGUCACCGAAUUCCACGCGCUCUGCGGCUUCGCCGCCACACAGGAGCUCAAGGAAGUAUUGAGGACUGUACCUGAGGUUCAGGAAUUAGUUGGCAAAGAAGAAUCUAGGAAGCUUUUGAGUGUCAAAGAGCAGGAUGGGGGGAUUGGCGUGAGGUCGUAUCUGAAAUCUGCUUUCACCAAGUUAAUGACAGCGAGUGAUGAAGCAAUUUCUGAAGCAAUUGCAAACCUUAAGACUCGCUUGAACAGUGAGAGUAAGGCUAGAAGUUUAACAAAGAAGGAGCAACUUGUUUUAUCAUUGGAGAAGCAGUACCCAGGAGAUGUCGGUGUUCUGGCAGCGUUCUUCCUAAAUUUUGUUAAGCUCAAUCCUGGUGAAGCACUUUAUGUCGGUGCGAACGAACCUCAUGCAUAUCUCUCAGGGGAGUGCAUCGAAUGUAUGGCCACUUCAGACAACGUUGUCCGUGCAGGUCUAACUCCGAAAUACAGAGAUGUGCAAACUCUCUGCUCGAUGUUGACUUAUAAUCAGGCCUCCCCGGAAAUUAUGCAAGGCAUGCCUGUACAGCCUUAUGUAACUCGUUACACCCCAUCAACUGACGAAUUUGAAGUUGACCGCUACUUGCUACCUCCUGGCAAGUCAGUCACCAUGUCUCCGGUGGCUGGUCCAUCCAUAUUCAUCGUCGUGACAGGAGAAGGAGAAAUCCAGGCAGGCUUCAUGACUGACAACGCAAAGGCAAAGGAAGGUGACGUUUUCUUUGUGCCGGCUCACACCAAGGUCAAGCUCUACACUUCGUUGCCCAGGUCCAUGCAGCUGUACAGGGCUGGGGUAAACAGUAGUUUCCUGAGUUGAUGGGCAACUGGUUUGUAGGGUUGGCAUCUGUAGGUUAGGUACCAGCUACACAAGAUUUUCAUGUUUGAUACUUGUUCAAAAGUUAGUUAAUUAGGUUGGUUAUCAUAGUGUAUAGGAAAGAUGGAGAAUAACUUCAUCACAUUAUAUCCUGUUUAUUUUUCUCAAAUGCUGUAUUACAUUUUCAAAUAUUCAGUGACCUGCUGGGAUCACAAAUUGAUCUGUAAUUGAGUUCAGAAUUGAAUAUAUCUUUCAUGUUCAUGAAAACAUGGAGGUUGACCUAUAGAAGUGUAGAAAUGAAUUAAUUCGAGACAACAAA